UAAAUUAAAAUAGUGUUUGAAAGGUUAUUGACUUUCUCUUUAGUCUUUGUAGCUCAGCUGAUAACACUAAAAGUCAUGAGACCAAACAAAAAUGUGCUAUCUCUUACAACAUCUAUAUUAUUCUGAACACUUCAGAGGAAGGUUUCAGCUUUCUGUAAUAGAACUAACUGUAUUUUGUGGAAAGAAUGUGUAACCUUAUAAAAAGACAUAUCUGUUCAGUUUUCUUCAUUACUUAGCUGUCUGUAUUAGAAGUCUGUUGAAUUUGAUUCUUCAUAAAGAAUAAGCUUGGUAGUUUUUACUUUUAUUAAAUUCAGGAGUAAAAAUUAGUCUACAUACUAUCCAAAGAUAAGAAAAUGUAUGAUUGAAAAUUAACCUGAAUAGAUUAUAUUCUUUGUAAAACUUAAAAAAUUAUAAAAUAAUAAAAAAAUAAAUUAAAUUAUAGUGCAUCAAAAGCUUUAAUGAAGAAGGUAAUUUAUGUGAAUCCUGUUCUCACAAGGUGAUUUAGAUACCAGUUCUUUAAUUCAAAACAUUAGUAGCAAUUCUAUUUAACAAUAUUUUCUUGUGUAAGCCAGUGCUACUGAACUACCAAUGACAAAUCAAAAAUUGUUUUAGAAGCAUAUAAAUCUAAAUUGAUUAUACUGUUAUAGCAGAGAAGGUCUACAAACAUAACACAGGUAUUACAGGGAAAGAUACUAUUUCUUAUUAGACUAAUUAGAUAUUAAAAAAAAAUGAAAAUUGAGGACAUAUGUUCUCUUCAGAUAUGAAGCAAGAGCAGAGCAGAAGGUCUCAAGACAAUGCCAAAACAGCUCUUCAGACUUAGAGUACACUAAUCCCUCUCUACACAAAAAUAGUAGUGAGUACUCAUGGAGCAGAAAUAGUGCUAAAUGGAAGAAAAGGGUUAAGGAGAUGGUUAUGUUUUGGAGGAAAGAGAGAUAAAGUGUAAUUUACAAACUAUGGAAGGUGAAGAAGUUAAAGAGAAGAUUAAGCUUAUAAUGGCAUAUUUUUAGUCCAUGCUUUUUGGUAUUCUGUGAAGCUCUGAUUUUUAGUUGCCAGGAACACUUUUUUUUUUAGUUUAUUUUGUGGGUUUCCCUUAAACAGGAAGACAGAAAGUUCAAAAUGAGGUGAUUUCUUUGUGAGAAGUAUUCCCCAUACUUAUGUGAGUGAAAAUUUCCUUUCUCUGGGAGAGGAUGCACGUGGAGCAGAAAGCAGACUGCUCACCUACCAGGAUAGAGAUGAGAAUAAGAAUGAAGGAUCUUUCACUUUUGCUUUUAAUGUGUGCAGCUGUUUCUAACGCUCUCUCUGUACACUCAGAGAAAGACAACAAAGAAGAUACAAAGCUUGUACAGGACUAUUUAAAUAAAUUCUAUGCUGUUGAGCCUGAUCCAAAUCAGCUUGGAUGGAAAUCAAAUGCUGAAUCCACAUCUGAAAAACUUCAGAAAAUGCAACAAUUUUUUGGUUUGAAAGUGACUGGAAAACCAGACACUGAGACAUUGGAAAUGAUGAAGAAACCCAGGUGUGGAGUUCCUGAUGUGGGUCUCUAUGGAAUUACUCUGCCAGGAUGGAAAAAAAACAAGCUGACAUACAGAAUUGUUAACCGCACACCAGAUAUGACAAAAGAGGAUGUGGAUAAAGCAAUCCAUAAGGCAUUUGAAGUGUGGAGCACUGUCACCCCACUGAUUUUCACUCGUAUUCAUGAAGGAAUAGCAGAUAUAAUGAUUGCUUUUGGGACCAAAGCUCAUGGACGUUGUCCUCGUUAUUUUGAUGGCCCCCUUGGUGUCCUUGGUCAUGCGUUUCCACCUGGCAAUGGUUUUGGUGGUGAUGUGCACUUUGAUGAGGAUGAAGAUUGGACCAUGGGCUCAGCUGGGUUCAACUUGUUCCUUGUUGCUGCUCAUGAGCUUGGCCAUGCCCUGGGUCUCUCCCAUUCUAAUGACCAGAGGGCUUUGAUGUUCCCCAACUAUGCCUACAUCAGCCCUAGCGAAUUUCCCCUCUCUCCAGAUGAUAUAAAUGGCAUACAGUCCAUUUAUGGAUCUCCACCAAAUGCCCCAGAUAAAAGGCCAGCCAUCCCUACCCCACCUAAGACUUGUGGCUCCCAGAUGUCUUUCAAUGCUGUAACUACACUCCGACGAGAAGUCAUUUUUCUAAAGGGCAGGCACUUAUGGCGAGUCUAUCCUGAUAACUCAGAAGUUGAGCGUGAAUUAAUUUCUACCUUCUGGCCAACUCUGCCACCUGGUAUUGAAGCUGCAUAUGAGAACAUGAAAGAUCGGAUCCUAUUCUUCAAAGGCAAUAAAUUCUGGGUUAUCAGCGGAUAUCAGGUGUUGCCUGGUUAUCCACAGAAUAUCCACGCAUUGGGCUUCCCUAAAGGUGUCAAGAAAAUUGAUGCAGCUGUUUGUAAUAAAAAUACAGGGAAGACAUACUUUUUCAUAGGUGACAAAUACUGGAGGUUUGAUGAAAACAGCCAGUCCAUGGAGAAGGGUUAUCCUAGACAGACAGUCAAUGACUUUCCGGGAAUUAGCCAGAGAGUUGAUGCUGUUUUCCAACAAAAAGGGUUAUUCUACUUCUUCCAUGGAUCAAAGCAGUGGGAGUUCGACCCUACUGCUAAAAAAGUUAUCCGCGAAAUAAAGAGUAACAGCUGGUUUAACUGUUAAUAUCAUUAAGCUUUUUUUACACACAACAAUUGAGAAUAAAAAUCAUUCUAGAUUUCUCAAAGGUUGUUCAUAUAAACACUACUAUACAAAAGAGGCAACAGGACUAGUUUUCCUAUGUGCCUACUAUUUUAAUAUAUCAUGUCAGCUCUAAUGGUACCUCCAAAUGCUAGAUAAAACUGCAUUUUUUCUCCUGAAUAAGUGCAAUAUAUCCAACAUAAUAUAUCAUUUUAUACUUCAGAUGGGUUUUCAAAUAUUUUGGCAAUAAAAGGUUUUAGGUUGAUGUCAA